AGCCAACUUACAGUUCUGCCUUUUCAAACCCUUGAUGAAGACGUGCAGCUCUGGGCUCUUGGCCAGGCUGUGCUCACCUCCACCGGCCAGCUUUGGGGCAAGAGAAUUCCAAAAUAAAACUACGUGAGCGCUCAGACAGAGGCGGUGGCAGAGCCGGGGCGUCCCGCAGGCUCCCAGCGGGUGGAUUCAACCCGCAGCCUUGCUGACCUCCCGGUGCAAGGUGCACAGCACGUGUUCCCUCUGCAUGACGCUGCGUAUUUAUUCACAGCUCUGCGAGAUCGGCUGUGGUGCAUUUUCAUUCUGUGUAUUGUUCUCUGGGGCUGGUGAUGCCAUUGCAUUGUGCUGAGUUUUUACGAGGGAGAGCGGCACUGCUGAUGUGACUCCCAGGAGCCUACUUUCUACUGGCCCGGGAUAAAAUUCAGUGGUUCAUUCUCUGUCGGACACACGCACGUGCAGGGAGGCUGGCGCGCUGACAGCGAUGGGGUCGGUGUAGCCGGGACACUGGAAAGCUAUGCAGGAUUCACCCGGCUCCCUGGUGAUGGAUGGCUACUCCAGCAAUGUGCCUGCCUUCCUAACCAAGCUCUGGACACUGGUGGAAGAUCCUGAAACAAACCACCUCAUCUGCUGGAGUACGAAUGGCACCAGCUUCCAUGUGUUUGACCAAGGACGUUUUGCCAAAGAGGUGCUGCCCAAGUAUUUCAAACACAACAACAUGGCCAGUUUCGUCCGGCAGCUGAACAUGUAUGGCUUCAGAAAGGUGGUGAACAUUGAGCAGGGGGGGCUGGUCAAGCCCGAGCGGGACGACACUGAGUUCCAGCACCUCUGCUUCCUGCAGGGCCACGAGCACCUCCUGGAGCACAUCAAGAGGAAGGUGUCAGUAGUAAAAAGCGAGGAGACCAAGAUGCGCCAGGAGGACCUCAGCAGGUUGCUGUAUGAGGUACAGAUCCUGAGAAGUCAGCAGGAGAACAUGGAGUGCCAAAUGCAGGACAUGAAGCAGCAGAACGAAGUCCUUUGGAGGGAGGUUGUUUCUCUGCGGCAGAACCACUCGCAGCAACAGAAGGUGAUCAACAAGCUGAUUCAGUUUCUGUUUGGCCAACUCCAAUCAAGCCCUGGCAGCGCUGGGAUAAAAAGGAAGCUGCCUCUGAUGCUUGACAGUGGGUUAUCAGCUCCACAGGUGUCCAAGUUCAGCCGGCAUUUGUCUGCAGACGCCCUCCAUGAUGCCUAUUUCAUACAGUCGCCAUCGACAGAACCCGCCUCCUGUCUGCACAGCCCUGCGAUGGCUGCAGGACCCAUCAUAUCUGACGUUACUGAAGCAUCACCAUCCAGCGUAAUAAAUAUGCAGUCCCCUCCUGAUAAUGACAGGGAGAAGUGCCUCAUGCUGAUCAAGGAGGAGCCAGCCAGCCCCGGGGUGAAGGCCACCACUGAGCCCGAUGUCCCGCUGUCUGGCUGCCGGGCCUGCCCCGAGCCCCCUGUGCUUCCAGUUGCCAUGGUGCAGUCUGUCCUUGAGGGCAAAGGGAGCUGUGGGGUGGCCCCCCCAGGAACCUCACAGCCCCCUGAGAGGAGAGGAAGGAGGGCACUGCUGGACAGAACAGAUAUUUCAGACCCACUGGAGGGCCCCGACUGGAGCCUGGAGGGGCUGCAGCUGCUGCUGAGGAGCCAGCAGUACGGCCUGGAGUCUGCAGGCCUCCUGGAUGUCUUCAAUCCCAACUUACCAAUGAGUGAGUGCAAUUUGUCUGAAAUGGAAGCUGGUCUGUCCCCGCACCUAAGGAUGCAGCUCACUCUCAUCCUUCUGAGUCCUGCAGAAAACUAUGAGCAUACCAAAACUAUGCAGCGGCUCACAGUGGAUAUGGAGAAGAAUGCAACUGAGCUGAACUCAAAAGUGUUCAACCCAUCGUUCAGCAAUGCCUGCUCAGGGAAAGACGUCCUCCUUGAAAGCUCCCAGCAAUUCCUCAAUGACCGGCAGUCAGUCUUUGGAAACGACAUCAUCAGCUUACAUGAAAGUUCAUCGCUGUAUAUUCCAUCUGAACACAUGGCUUCCUAUCUGUCCUCCGGGGGUGUCCGAGGGGAUAUCCCCUUAAACCUGAGCUCUUCGACUGAUAACAACCAGUGAUGUCACUUCCAAGGCAUCAUCUCCCUCCCACACACCCAAGCAUCCACAGGUUUGAAUGUAAAAAACCAAAAGCAACUCAGAAACCCACAAGGGAGUUGUCGUGCCCUUUCUUUUUGAGUAGAUUGGAACGGUCAGUAGCUGUUGCACUGCACGCCCUGUCCCUGGCUCUCAGUGUUUCAUAGGCUCAGUGGCUCUCAGGAUCAUAGUCUUAGAACAAAAUGCUGCUUCUGGUGCUUGUUCCCACGUGGAGCAGGAAUGUGGUGGGAGCUGUUUUUCUUCAAAAUGCUUUUACAGGUGUCAAACUUUUUAAGAAAAUUGAAGUGAAAAGUAGCUUGGAAGUUCAUCGGGACCUCACAGAACAAAGCAAUCCCAAGUGGUGUCUGCAGCAACAAACUGUGGGAUGUUAAUAGGGCAGCGCAGGUCAGCAAAGAGAUGCAUGACCCUUCUGAAUGCCAUUGUUUCAAUACAAGAUUAGUUUUAAGUGCCAGACAAAUGCUCUAGAAAUACUCUUAUUAUCUAUUCUCUGUUUUUGAUGGGAUGUGUUUGUGCCUCUCCCCUGUCUUCCCAGAGUAAGCAGGAACAUGAAACUCCCUCAGGGUGUGCUGAAGAUAGUUUCCUGAGUGAUCCCUCCAAGGAGGUGCUUUUGGCUCCAAGGGGAGCUGCAGGCAUCAUACACCCCACAACAUCCCAUCCUGAGUUGAAAGGGUUGUUGGUUAUUUUUCCCCCAGUUUAUCUUCUGCAAUGUAGAGGCAGGGCACCCCAUGCUUUAAUUCUUGUAAUAAAGGAUGGAGUCUUCUGCACCCACAGUUUUUUAUUUCCAAAGAGGACUGGUUUAUUCUUGGUUUUUGUGCUGGAGAAAUAUUUCGUGUCCAGUCCAGUGGUGUUUCUCCUCGGCCUUGACCUUCUCUGUAACCCCUGGAGAUGUGCCUGUAGGUUUGUUGAUGUAUGAAAUCUCAUGAACUGGUUUAAUUGAUUUGAGCCCCUUUUUAGAAGGGCUCUCAGCUUCAGGUACUUCCUCAGUGUCCAACAAACGCAGAAGAGUUACUGCACCAUGUCCCAGAGACUUUUCUUCUGCAUUUUGUGCAUCUGAAAACAGCUUCUACAGGCCCAUUUAAUCUUCCUCUUUCAUGUGGUUUCUGACAACUGAGUUUCUCAACAAAGCAGAGCUUUGUUUUUUAUUCUGUAGUUUUAAUGAGAAUGUAUUAUUUAUCACAGUAUCCUCUAAUUGAGUUGUUUUUCCUUAAGAAAGCUACCCAAAAGCAGUGGGACAGACACAGGAAAUUCACCUAACUCAGGCCUUCCAAGGGCUCAGGCAGGGACGUGUAAGCCACGCCAACUCCAUUGGAAGAACUGCUCUGCCAACUUUCACUACCGUGUUGAUUCUUGGUACUAAAUUGUAUUCCUGAGUGUCUAGAAUGGCCAAGCAGCAUCCACCUAAAUAUACGGUUGAUCAGAUGAACGUAGGCUCAAAAUGUCCUAAAUAAGAUGUGCGUAUUUUAAAUGGACUUUCCUGUCACAGCUCUUUGCUCCAUCCAUUUAUCACCGUGUGAGCAGAUGGGAACAAUUCAGACGCUCAUUUUUGCCAGCUGGCUGCUAUGAGGGGCGAUCAUCACCCUGGAGGCACUCUUGGCAGAGUGAUGUUGUGAGAACUUUUGAAUUAAUUCCAUCCACUGUUUGUCUGUUCAGGACUAAGGGAAAAACCUGGCAGCCCCCACUGGCCUGGUAUUUAGAUGGUGUUCUUGAGAAUAGCGUGAACAAUGUUUCUUUUUUGGCAGAUUUGUGCUCAGAGAGUUCAUCUAGAUCAGGCCCACUUGGCUCUGUACUUUGUCACUUGAACCAAUGGAGAUCUGUUGAGCUGCAGUCCGGUUGCUUCCUUUCUCAUGGGAAGCUGUGUGCUGUCUCUCCUCACCUGACAGGGUAUGUUAUCCUCAUUCAGGAUUUAUGUCUUUCUUUGAACCUUCAGAUGCUCAAUUCCUUCAUGUUAGCACUGAAUGUAUACGGGUUCAGUAAGGUGUCUAAGCACGUGCAUAACUUCAAACUUCUGAGCAGCUUUCAUUUAUUUUUAUCAAGUCUGUCACAUGCCUAAAGUUAGACACGUGCUUGGAUGCCUUACUGCAGUGUCCAUUUGUGGUUGAAACACAAACCACCUCAGGAGAACUACUUGCAAGGAGGGGCAGCCCGAGCUGCGAGGGGCCGAGGGGCCUGGCCCCACCUUACACUGCAGCACUUCUCUGCGGUACACAGACUGCAAGCACUGUGAGCAGCUGCUCCUGAGUGGUUCCUGGGAUUUUCUUUAGGCUUUUUGCUCUACUGUCAACAUGAGCUUGGAUCCUGAUGGAGAGAGGGUAACGUCCAGGAAAGCGUUGAGAGCCACUCCUGAAGAAGCAGGCCGGCAUUCCUUGGCUUUUUACACUGUUAAUUUACUUGAAGAUGACGUGCUGAGACUGCGUGUGUUUGGUGGGUUUUUUUGCACUAUGCUGUACAUUUGUAAAGUUUUACAGAAAACAAUAAUUAAAUAUGCUUCUUUUUUUUCUCAUUUAGUCUCAUGCUGGCAUUUACUCACAUUUUCCCCCUUUCUCCUUACUCAUCUUCCCCUUCCCAUCAGAGGGGACUGGUAAGUGACGAUAACAUUCUGAAAUUUAACAUUCACUUGUGAGAUGAUGCACUGGCUGACCCACUGAUGGACUGUGAUCAUCUGUGUUAAAACUGAUAUUCAGCUUUGUGAAGACUCCUGUAAGGCUGCUCUAAGUCAGGCCUGCUCUCCGCAGGCACUUGCUCACCCCUUGCUCCUCCUGAAGACCAAGGAUUUUCACAGUGUGCCUUUACUGGUGACAAGUGGAAAAUGGCCGAAGUUAAAGUAACUGUGCCAUCAUCUUCCUUCAGGCAUUGGCCACAGUUGUGCUUUGUGGUUAGCAGCAGUAUUCUCACCACCAGAUGGCACCUAAACCUUAAUUGCUAAUUGCAAGUACAGCUAUUCAACAAAAGCGUAGUAACUUUUCCUUGAAGAGAGUAUGCCUACAAGGUCUGUUCCAUUCUAUUUACUACAAAUUAUCACAUCUGAGAAGUCUGAGAAAAAGACAUUCAGCUAAACUUGGCUUAACAAAGUCACCUCUACUCCUCACAUUGCCACCAAUUGUUGAUUCUAUCACAAUGUCAGCUCGUGAAGGUGAAGCCACCUCCAUCUUCCUGCCACUUAGCACUGUUCAAUAACCACUUUCAAGCUAGGAAAAUGUGAGCAAGAAUGCCAUAGCAGCAGAACUGACCCAGAGUUGGCCAUUUCUUCAAAUUAUUAAUUAUUGUUAUUAUUAUUACUGUUGAUAUUGUGGUGUACAGAGGAUACACCACCCUCUGGUGAUUCUCAGUUCCUUGAAUUUUGUUCUCUACUUCAGAAGGAAAGUAAA